AGUCCCGCUGGAUCUCCUGAAACCAUGCUCAGCUUCACACUCAGCGCCGUCCUGUUGCUUGCAGCAGCUUGUUUGCUCACAACAUCAGUUGGUUCCAUAGAGAAGGCUGUCACCUGUGACUUCAUCGGCAACGUCCAGCACCUGGGCUGUGAUAAGGGGGUGAUCCGUGUGGAGGCAGCCCUGUAUGGACGUGCAGACCGCAACACCUGCAGUGCAGGAACGAGGCCAUUCCAGGUCGCCAAUACACGCUGCUCUCAAGGGGGCACCGUGGAUGUCGUCAGGAGGAGGUGCAACGGCAAGAAGGUGUGUGAGUUAAACACCAACGUGGUUCGUUCUCCUGAUCCCUGCCGAGGCACCAUCAAAUACCUGGAGACCAACUACACCUGCGUCCCAGCAUUUCGGGCCAUUGCAUGCGAGGGCUCUUUCAGGCGUUUGUUUUGUGGUGAGGGCCAGGUUAUAUCUGUCUUUGGUGCCUUCUACGGACGCCAUGACCAGACCACCUGCUCCUUCGGACGGCCACCCCGUCAGCUUUUAAACGUGGACUGUUUGAGCCUCAACAGCAACACUACAGUAACUAACCUCUGUAACGGGAAAAACAACUGUACUGUCAGCGCUAGCAACUCGGUGUUCGGAGACCCCUGCGGUGGCACGUACAAGUACCUGGAGGUGGCGUACGUAUGUGAAUUUCCUCUGGAGUCUCCUUAAACCAGCGCAGAAGGAGGACGUCCCAAACAUGCACUGAAUGACGUUUAAUGAAUGUGGCCCGUUGUGAUUUUGUUCAUUGGCUAGAAAAGUGUAAAACCCACACAGAGGCUUGUUCCAGGUCCAUAAAAAUACUUCUAUCCUUAAAUAUUUAGACUCAUAGAGGUUGUUAAAGUUUUCCUUCUACAGUAUGUAAAGAACUACCACAUCUGACCCCACGAUGACUGGACACUGACACUGCUCAGGGGUUCAGACAGAAUGCAAAAAUGACCAGUUAUUCAGCAGUUUUCGGUCCAGUUAUGCUUUAAACGGAGCUCUGCACCCUGCUGCCUAUCAAAACCCUCUGCUGCACACAAAGCGAUGCACUUUCCUUCCACAUAGUUUGAGCUGCUUUGCCCCAAACAUGCAGAAGCUCACCUUUAUUUACAAUGAAUGAAAUCAGAAGUAAAGUUGAUUAAACACUGCAAUUAC